AAAUGUACAAGCUGAGAUCUUCAUGGGCUAAGAGAAAUGACAAAACCUAUGAUGGGAGUUACUUCGUCGAACAGAAGACAUUACAUCAAUCAAACUCUGUCAAAAACCAAACUGACCAUACCCAUUCUAGCCCCCAAAGAGUGAUCAGUAUUCUCAGAGACAGAUUUCUGGACUUUUUGAGUAAAAAACAGGCUAAGAAAGAGGACUUUUUUGGAAGGAAUAGGCUGAAGAGGGACAAGGGAGGAAAAGUGGUCUUUAAGAACGAGGUUUUGGCGGAUUUGGUCAGGAGGGGAGGAGCGGAGAAAGGGAAGGGGCAGAAGUCAUCUGUGUUUAUACUGAAGAGUCAGAAUCAGACGCCUGUCAAUGAAGUGAAUUUGGUGGAGAAGAAGGUGUUUAAGAUCUUGAAAAAUUCAGUGAAUGAUCAGAGUAAAAGUUCAAGGAAAGUGUUGAAGGGGUUGAAAAGUACUCAUAUCAGUAGGAAUUCGAAAAAGAAUAGUAGAAAGAAGGAGUUUAGAAAUGGAAAACAUCUUCUGGUUAACCAAGAUUAUAGUUUUGAUUUUAGUAGGAAUUAUUCGUCAUUAUUUCAAUCAAAAUAAUGUUUCUUUGACACAAAACUCCUUAAUGGACUUACCGUCCAGAAAUGAAACUGUGAGAAAGUCCUAUAACAUUGAACAAAGCCUGAAGGAGAGAUAUACUUCUAAAAUUUAUUCAAAAUCAAGGGACAAAUACUUAUUGCUUAGCAAUAAGUGUCCUUUAAAGGGAAAUAAAAUUUCUCUACAGCCAUAUAGUUCAAAUUGAGUUCCAAGUCUCCAUUCAACAUCAACACCUGGACUAAACAACGACCUCCCAGAGGUAUCAUGAAAAUCAAUUUGCCCAAAAAGCAAAAUUUCUUCAAAAAGCAGUCACAGGACCAGAAAAAGAAUACUCCUAAAACAUGCGAAACCUCACAAAAGUCUUGUCCAGUUCGUGCCUUAUCGGAGUACCACAAGGCCUUCACCCCCUAAUUUCUACUAAAAUCGUCCU